AUGAAUCCACCUACCGACACUAGUAGCAACGGUGAUCCAGGCUCAUCGUCAACGCCCACUGCCAAUACUUCAGCAACCGCCACCGCUGCCACGGCCACCGUCCGCCGAGCUAGGCCCACUACCCAGCCAUCAACGAACCGCCGUCUGGAGGUUAUAGACCUUGACACCAUCGUCCUCUGGGUUCCGGAUCCAAACACCCCUCUCAACGCCGACGACGACACCCUCGCUUAUUUCGACGCUGGAGAGGUUGACACAGACUUCGACGAGCACGUCGAAGAGGAAGGCGAACCAGCCAUGAUGGGAGAGAAGCGCGGUUGGGAAGACGCCGAGACGAUGCAACUUGCUUGGGUUCGUCACGAUAAGGACGAGGAGUACCGCAGUCAAAGCCGCCUACAGGGGCAAAACCGCGACGUCACGCUGUGGGAGGAGCUGAAGAAGCGCCAUCCGCAAUUCCGUCAUAAGUUUCAGGCGGUAAAAUCUAAGUUGUUUCGAAUGGAGGCACACUACCGCAAAGUGCGCGCCCUUUUGCUGGAGCCCUCUGGCAAGGGUCGCCCGAUCAAAAUUCCUAUUUAUUAUGAAGUUUAUGAUCGUGUUAUGGGUGACCGUGCCAACGCGAGGCCCCCGGCUCUUGCAGGAAGUCUUCCAGGCGCUAACGUCGUGCGCACACCGCCUACUACCCCAGGCAUAGCAGGUAUGUUGCAUGGGCGUAUUAAGAGCAACAAAAUUGCAUUAAGCACGGCUGCACGAGUACAACGUACAAUCCACACAGUUGCUCUAGCCUCGUUAUCUCACCCCACCCCAAUUUCAUGUGAUCGGCCUUUGCAGAUCACGGUCUGA